GCGCGCGCGGGUCAUAUAAACGAUCAACAGAAAUAUAUUGGGAAGAUUCUAGCGUGUUUGACUUCUUUCAUAGACAUAGAAAUGUGAAAAGAAAGCACGAGUUAUCAGGAUGGUAAAGAAACGAGCGCUGUGUGGAGUUGUAGUGGUUUGGAUUUUAUGGAUAUCGCUGACAAAAGCGGAUGACUGGACGCCAGAAUUCAUCUCCCAAACGCAUCAGCUAAAUUGCAUGCCGGGUAGAAAAAGGCAUGAUGUCACCUUUAUCCACGGAACUCAAUCCGGGGACUUUAAAAAGUUGGGGAAGGUCGCUGACAUGGAUGUUUGCAUGCUUCUAUGUUGUGAGCGGGAUGAUUGCGAGGCUGCGUUCCUUGCUGAUCGGAAUUGUUACGCGGUCAAGUGCAGGACACAGGAGCACUGCGUCGUUGCGCCUGCGCGAAACAACAAGUGGCAUCCCCUGGUCGCGUUUGUCAGAAGAAUAGCACAUGAUAUGACAGGAACAAAAACCGCCACAAACUUUACAAUUGAACACAGUAGAGCGUCAUUCAAGCAAAACACAGUAAGCGCAAGGAAAUUCGGAAAUAAUAAAGUUUCUACUAAGAAGAAAUUUAUGGACAAAAAUACAGCCACUUCUAAGAAAACAAUUAUUGACAAGAAUAAAGCGAAUUCUAAGAAGACGAUUAUUGACAAGAAUAUAGCGACUUCUAGGAAAACAGUUAUUUUGGGACCAGUGCUCGGGGGCGGGGAGCGAAUAGCUUCUGUGCCGAAGGCAAACACAGUUGUCAAGCUGGAAGAAGUGAACAAGAAACCCAAAGCAAUGAUCACAGACAAUAUUAAGGAGGCGCGUAGGCAGCGCGAAUUGAGAAAAGCUCGCUUCAGCAUCAUUUCCGCUGCCAUAGCAACAUGUCUGAUGGCGUGCGUGCUUAGCGGCAUGGCCGUCAUUGCGGCGAAGCUACGAAAAAGGCGGGAAAAGACCGAGGGACAUCCGGAGGAGUACUCACCCCUCGCUUUACACGAUUAGUCCUAAUGGGCUUCCUGUGGCGAAGGACCAAAAAGGCGGGUAAACGACACGAAGUUCACUCCUUCUCGAUUUGUACUGAAAGGAGCAAGCUACACAACACAUUCGAAGUAAUUCAUCAACCUACAGCUUUUGAAAAGGACGGGCAACAGAAGGAUAUUCCCAUUUACGCAAUAAGCCUACGAUGGGCUUCCUGUGGUGAGGCUGCAAAAAAGCGGUAAGACAGAAAAAAAGACAAUCACAGAUCGCCCUUUGUACAUCAAUAGUAUGUAGUUUUGAUUGCCUCAUUGUUGGAACCUUGAGCUGCGCAUGCGUGGCUUAUACAUUGAAAGGUCAACGCCGUAGCUUAUAGGCAAAAUUAUAGCAUUUAUUUCAAGUCAUUUAUACAAAAAGAUAAAAAAAUAUCUAUGUACAUAAAAAUACCAAAAAUUUACAUUUAAAUACAUGAAUAGCACUCUUGGAAAAUGGAAUUUCGAAAAUGGUUCCAGAACAAUAUUUAUCUACACAUUCCUGGAAUAUAAAAAUUUAUCAUUAAAUGUAAAACUAUAAUUAUGAAUUAUAAAUGAAGCCUUUGCUUAUGAAACGACAAAGGUCUCUCGACCUUGGUUUCAGAAAAACAGGGAUAACUGAUAAAAAUCUAGUUUCUCCAAACAUUGAAUGUUGGGCUAUCACGGCUGGCUCCCCUAGGGGAGUCUCCCUCAGUCAAAACGUCCCCUGUGCUCAGGGCAAACUGCUCCUAUGGUUUAAAAUGUCAAAGCAUUUUAUUUUAAGGGAUUGGCAAGCUGAUAAGCACAGACCUGUAGCCAGGGGGGGGGGGGGGGGAUAAGAAGAGCUAUAUCAUUUGAAUGGAAUGUCAGAUCAAAUUUCAAAAACACUAUGAGCUAGAAGGAGAUAUCCAGCAAAGUUGAGAAUAUGUGAAGCAAUAAAAUAAAUUUUUCAUGGAUAUAAAAUUCAGGGUGUAGCUGAUUGGAUAUAUUUGAAACAGUUUGUAGUAUUUUUUGCAAGAAGAUUUCAUUGCAUAUGCAUCUGAUAAAGCAUGUUAUUGCAGA